AUGUGCAGACCUGCUCCAGUAGCAGCUCCUCUGCAUGGCACACAUGGCAACAUGGAGCAACAAGUGGCGCAUGGAGCAACAAGUGGCGCAUGGAGCAACAAGUGGCGCAUGGAGCAACAAGUGGCGCAUGGAGCAACAAGUGGCGCAUGGAGCAACAAGUGGCGCAUGGAGCAACAAGUGGCGCAUGGAGCAACAAGUGGCGCAUGGAGCAACAAGUGGCGCAAGGAGCAACAAGUGGCGCAUGGAGCAACAAGUGGCGCAUGGAGCAACAAGUGGCGCAUGGAGCAACAAGUGGCGCAUGGAGCAACAAGUGGCGCAUGGAGCAACAAGUGGCGCAUGGAGCAACAAGUGGCGCAUGGAGCAACAAGUGGCGCAUGCAGCAACAAGUGGCGCAUGGAGCAACAAGUGGCGCAUGGAGCAACAAGUGGCGCAUGGAGCAACAAGUGGCGCAUGGAGCAACAAGUGGCGCAUGGAGCAACAAGUGGCGCAUGGAGCAACAAGUGGCGCAUGGAGCAACAAGUGGCGCAUGGAGCAACAAGUGGCGCAUGGAGCAACAAGUGGCGCAUGGAGCAACAAGUGGCGCAUGGAGCAACAAGUGGCGCAUGGAGCAACAAGUGGCGCAUGGAGCAACAAGUGGCGCAUGGAGCAACAAGUGGCGCAUGGAGCAACAAGUGGCGCAUGGAGCAACAAGUGGCGCAUGGAGAAACAAGUGGCGCAUGGAGCAACAAGUGGCGCAUGGAGCAACAAGUGGCGCAUGGAGCAACAAGUGGCGCAUGGAGCAACAAGUGGCGCAUGGAGCAACAAGUGGCGCAUGGAGCAACAAGUGGCGCAUGGAGCAACAAGUGGCGCAUGGAGCAACAAGUGGCGCAUGGAGCAACAAGUGGCGCAUGGAGCAACAAGUGGCGCAUGGAGCAACAAGUGGCGCAUGGAGCAACAAGUGGCGCAUGGAGCAACAAGUGGCGCAUGGAGCAACAAGUGGCGCAUGGAGCAACAAGUGGCGCAUGGAGCAACAAGUGGCGCAUGGAGCAACAAGUGGCGCAUGGAGCAACAAGUGGCGCAUGGAGCAACAAGUGGCGCAUGGAGCAACAAGUGGCGCAUGGAGCAACAAGUGGCGCAUGGAGCAACAAGUGGCGCAUGGAGCAACAAGUGGCGCAUGGAGCAACAAGUGGCGCAUGGAGCAACAAGUGGCGCAUGGAGCAACAAGUGGCGCAUGGAGCAACAAGUGGCGCAUGGAGCAACAAGUGGCGCAUGGAGCAACAAGUGGCGCAUGGAGCAACAAGUGGCGCAUGGAGCAACAAGUGGCGCAUGGAGCAACAAGUGGCGCAUGGAGCAACAAGUAGCGCAUGGAGCAACAAGUGGCGCAUGGAGCAACAAGUGGCGCAUGGAGCAACAAGUGGCGCAUGGAGCAACAAGUGGCGCAUGGAGCAACAAGUGGCGCAUGGAGCAACAAGUGGCACAAGGAGCAGGGAGAAGGAGAAGGGAGAGAUGGGGGUCUUAAGCAUGUGA